GACUUCCGCUGCAGUCGAACGCGGCGUUGUUUGUUGUGGUCAGCUGAUCGAGGAAGCGAUGGCCAGGCGGACGAGAACAGCUGAUUCCACUUCAAGAACAGCUGAUUCCACGACAGUUUCAUGCCCGAGUCCGUGCUGUGGAAGGAGUGUAUGGAACACGGGCAGAAUGUAGAGGUGCUGCUGACAGGGCAUGUAUGAUUGAGCUCCGAUAGAUGGACUGGCCCAGAUGUAUGUGGUUGCUUCUCAUUUCUCCACAAUGGAUUUCUCUGUGUCAUCAGACAUAGUAGUAGAACUGCUGGAGGUAGCAAUCAACUUGAUUCUGUACACAAGGGAGAUAUAUCCUCAGUCUGUGUUCCAGAGAAGAAAAAAAUAUAACAUCCCAGUACAGAUGUGUAUCCAUCCUGAACUGAGGACAUACAUUAGUGAGUGUGUGAGCUCAAUUAGACCAGUAUUAGAGAAAGGAGAAGUCGAAAAAGUAGUGGUAGUUGUCCUAUCCUCGACUGGAGUUCCAGUCGAAAAAUUUGUCUUCGAGAUUGUACAGCGGCCAAUAAAACCUCACGAUAUCAGACAAGAUCCCCAGCUGACUCGCAUGGAAGAAGCUCUGAGAGCCUUUUGCCUCAAACUCAGCAUCAGCGACUCCUUGCUUCAGCCUCUCCCCUCCGGCUGCUCCUUUGUUAUGCAGAUUCAUGUUCCCGAGCAUGUGCCAAAUGCAAUGAGUACUGAUCAGCAGCAUCAGGAAUUCCCCUGGGUUGAAGCCGAGAAGGAACAAGUGGAGGUUCCAGACUCACAUAUCGUCCCCCUCAAGACCCUACAGACAGAGGUUUGCAAGAUGCAGCUAUAUGUUGAAGAGAGUGGCAACAAAAACAGUUCAUCUGAAUAAGAACAAAAAAAAAGAAAAAAAAGAGUAUGCUUGCAUCUUUUGGGCGACAUGUAUUUUAAGUCUGGGUGACUGGUUGACAGGCCAUUUAUCUUUUUUAUUUAUGCAAUUUUGAUUGUAUUCUGUUCUAGGAAUUACUAGAUGACCUUAACCAUGGAAUGUCAAAAAUCUUGGUGUGUUUUGGAUAUAAAAGUUCAGUUUAUUGUGUUAUAGUGUGGUUUAUCAUUGGUAAGCACGUUUCAUUCGUCUGAUGUCCGGUUUUGUUAGAUAUUUGUUUCGGAUAUUAGUAGAGAUGAAUUAGUACCUGGUGUGUACUUAGGUUAGACAGGCUGUGAUUUAUUUAUUUCAUAAUGAAGUGCCAGAUACCAAACCCUCCGAGACUAUUGCAUUAUCUUGAGAGUAAUGCAAAUAGUGUCCUUUCAGGAUAUAUCAUAUAUUCAUAUCAGUGUCUUUUGUAAAAGUGCUUGAAGAAACAGUAUUGAAAAUGUAAACUAUACCUUUCUUAUUUUUCCACAGUGAAGAAAAGUGAAACUAAAUAUUUAUGAAUGUGACCUAAAGAGCUACUUAACUUUUGUACACCCUAACCAUGAAUCCAGAUAUCAGUUGUUGUUGUUGUUGUUGCACUAAUUUAGACCACAUCAGGGAUCACAGCAUUGAUGGAAAUUCAAACACUGUAUACUAUUAUAAUAUGUAUGAAUUAAGCAUUAUAGAUUUAACAUUUUUUAUGAAUUAAAAGGUUGUGGGUAGGAAGAAAGUGCUUGAAAGCAAAUUAAAUUAUUUCUAGUUUUGCUUUUUUAUAGCUUUUCUUAUUCUGAAAAGUAAAUAAUAACACUUUUAAAAAAAGAGUCAGAAGUGUAAUGAUUAUGUACAAUUAAUGUGAUUAUUGAAGCUCUAAACAUAAUUUAUAGCAAAACCCAUUAAUGCUAUACCUGAUAUUUGAAUCAUGUUAACAUAAGUUAUACUUGUUGACUUUAUCUGAAUAGUUUUUGUUUUUAUGUUAUAUGAGACUGAUUUAGAUGAGAUUUCUGUGUCCAACAAGAAUGCAUCUAAAUGUUUGAGAAAUGUGGUUGUACUGACAGGGUUUGUGUUUUGCCAUAAAGCACGUUUCUUAAUAGGGAAUAUGAAUUGUCUUUAGUCAUUUUGCUGUGCUCACAGUGCAUCAAGGUGUAUGUAAUAGGGUUAACAAAGUGUAUGAUAAUAUUUUGCAGAAUUUUGUACUUUCCAGAUGUUUUUGUAUGAUAAAUAUAAUGUACAAAAUAAAAUGUAUCACUGUU